AAUCCGCAAGCGAUUUCAUUUUUUCACUUAAGCUUCAGGCAGAGCAUUGUGAAUUCGGAGAUCAGAAGGAUCGUCUCAUCCUUGAUCGCAUUCUUGUUGGUUUGUCAGAUGGCUCACUGAAGCAUCGUUUAUUUACUGAAGACAGUUCUAAAUUGACACUCGAGCAAGCGGAGAAAAUAAUUGCAACGUGGGAAAUGGCGACUACACACACAAAGGCUUUGGCAAAUAAGGAAGAUGUUGGUUUGGUAGCUUCACUCGAAACCAGACAUCCGUUGACUGGAGGUAGGGGGGCAGUUAUACAGAGGAUGAAGGAUGCCUACCAAGGUUUGCGCGAAUCGGCAAAGAGCAGAUUAGGCGUUCGGUUCGAUGAUCGUAUUGGCGAUGGUCAUCAACAGGAAACACAGUCCCGCUCCUACUCUCAGCAGCAUAGACGGGGUGAUCCUUCUGCAGGUUCAUCACAACGUUGUUACAGAUCGGACAACAGACAGUGGCCAGUAGAUCAACGUUUUUGUGAGUACUGUGGUCGCAGAGGACACGUGAGAAGGAAGUGUUACAAACUAAGGAACGACAGAAAUGGAGAAGUAAACCAUGUUGGCACUCAGGAGGCUACCACUAGUACUAAUAGCUUGGCUGAUCGACUGGACAAGUUGAGGACCAUUGAUUGGGACACGGACGACAGUGAUUCAGAUCAUGGUUGGAAACGAGGCGACGACUACCGUUCAUCCAACGCAGAUCAGAAUCGUUAAGGAUAGACAAGGAACAUCCAAUCAGCCAAGGACGUCUUUGAGAUUGGUCGAAACUGGUCGGCCAAUACCGACUACCGCUGAAACUGAGAUGCCAAUCGUGGAGGAUAGAAAUGAUGAUCGACAAACUUCGGCUCGAAAGGAGAAUCAACCAACAGAAAGUGGAAGCAGAAAAAGAAAGUAUCCGCCUGAAUCGGGAA